CAUCAUCAUCAAGAGCAGCAGCAGUAACCCGAGCAAGCACGCGGCACUGACGUAGAAGAAGCACGAGUCUCGUUCCAGUCGGCUGUCGGUUCUGCACACUCCGGAAUAGCAGGAUCAAGAGAGACCGCGAUGUCGAACGAAAUCAGCAAGAAGAGCGAGCGACGUCGCCGCCACCACCACCGCCCGAAGAAGACGACGAGUGACGCUCCGGCCACGUUGCCAGUGACCGUCGCGUCUUCGACGGCUGGCUCGUUCCAGCCGAGCCCCGCGUCCCUGAGUGGCCUGGUCAGCCCCGUCUCGGGAGUGCAGUCGCCCGUCGUCCGCACGUCCUCGUCGGCGGAGAGUGCCAUCGCCGGGCAGCCGGCGAUGUCUUCGGGAAGUGCCACUCUCGGAGAACGGGCAUCGCCCGGCGGUGGCAGCGGCGGACACCCGGGUCAGGGAGGACUAGUGCCUGCGACGACGACUUCCACUUCAUCCGGCACCACCGCCGCGGUGCAAACACCGAAACCGAACGGCGAACAGCGCACCCAGCAGCGGCGGAAGCUGAAGUCCGAACGCGGUACGACGCAGGCGAAGAACCCUGCGAUGCACGGCGGCGUCACUUCGGCGGUCGCUGCAGCCCGGUCGAGCAUCGGCCACGAACCCAACGAGCCAGCUUCGGCCAAAGACCGCGACCGAAGCCAUGGUCGAGCACCCACUGGUUACUCGCACGCCGGCCAAACGCGUCCAUUCGAGCCGAGCAAAGGGACGUGCUUGCUGAAGACAAUAACGGGAACUAUGGGCAUAGCGACCUCGACGCGUGAUCCGACAGCCGGAGUUGUGGGCCACGUGCAGCAGGUUGGGAAAGAAAUGUUUCUUUGA